AGAUCGUUUCUUCAGGGCAAAUUUGCGCGCUGUGUGCACAGCUGUACUAAUGCGGCUCAUCUAAACUUUAUCACAGAUACGGACUUUCAAGAAAUAAACACAUACCGUACAUUUUCGCAAAAGGCAGUAGCUUCUGAUACUGAAAAUGGGAGACGACGCAGACACCCCUCCCGAGAGGGAAAUGAAGGAUUUUCAGUUUCGACAGAUGAAGAAAGUACAAGUUUUUGAGGCUGUUGAAGAUAUGCCAAAAGACAGAUCCAGUCUACUAACUGUUUCAAACAAAUAUGGUUUGACAUUUGUUGGCCUUGGCCGAACAUUCAAAGUGUAUCUUACUCUAAAUAUUCUUGCUGCUGAUAAAGCUGAUGGGAACUCCUACGAAGUAGUCAAAGGCAUACCAGCUAUGGUGGAAGUGACUGGAGACAUGUCUUUGCACCACUUGGCUCUGAGUUGUGAUGAACUCACUUUGUCAGUUUGUGGGACAUCCGAGGAGACCGGUUUGUCCAUCGCAUUUUAUGAUGUCCGGACCUUCAUAAACAAGGCCAGACCACAGAAGUUGCCAUUUGCGUCGCUGCAGCCAGCUGUGGCCUCUGAUGCUUUGGUUCAGGACCUGAAGUGGAACCCUGCUCAGCCUUCCAUGCUGGCCGCCUGCUUGUCGGAUGGCAGCAUGAUGAUUCUUGAGGUUACAGGUGAUGUCAAGAUUCAGGCCCAGCUACCUGCUAACAGUGGUGUCACCUGCCUUAGCUGGAGUCCAAAAGGAAAGCAGGUUGCUGUGGGAAAAAUGAAUGCCACAGUCAGCCAGUAUACACCAGCUUUGGAAGAGAAGAGAGUUAUCCCGUGUCCACCUUUCUAUAAUUCUGAUGACCCAGUCAAAGCUCUGGAUGUGCUGUGGCUUAGAACACCUGUGUUUGCAGUGGCAUAUGCUUACGCAGACGGGUGUCUUGAGACUCCUCCUGAGCUGGUGCUGAUCUCCCUCCCUAAAAAGGAUGAGAAAGUGGAGCCAAAGUAUUUAAACUUUGGUGAGAGUGUUUUUGGCAGCUGUACAGAGCGACAGCAUCACUACUUCCUCAGUCACAUAGAAGACUGGGAUCUUAUGUUGGCUGCAUCAGCGGCGUCUAUUGAGGUCAGCGUAAUUGCAAGACAAGACGACAGGAUGUGGGAGGUUUGGCUUCUAGAAGAUGCUAGUAGAGCAGAACUUCCAGUGACCGAAACGAAUGACGACACGCUGCCUCUUGGCUUAGCUAUAGACUACACAAGCCAGCAGGAGAUCCAAAUCACUGACGAGAAGACUUUGCCUCCAGCUCCGACAAUGCUAAUGCUGUCCACAGAGGGAGUACUCUGCCCAUUUGCGCUUCUCAAUCUGAAUCCUGGGGUUAAGCAGCUGGUCUCACCAUUUAAUACCAUCACCUUGGAAGGAGAGAGGCAGCCAAAUCCAGGCUCCUCGGCAGCCCAACCAGCCAAAACCGCUGCCUCGGCUGGAUAUGCUCCAACAGCAUUCUCAAACAUUGCUCUUGCGUCCGUCUCUUCUGCCUCAUCUGCUCCUCCUGCGUCUUCCUCGGCUGUCCCGUUUAGUUUUGUUCCUGCAGUUCCCGUGUCAUCCUCUUCAUCAGAAUUUACUUUCUCAGUUCCAACCACCCAUGCCAUCUCCACUGUCCCUCCUGCUUUCUCCCUUGGGGGAUCUGGACCUUUCAGCUCAGUGUCCUCAAACUUCUCUUUUGCUUCCAAACCUCCGUCUGAAACUCCCUCUGCUGCUUCAGCAUUUUCAUUCAGCACCCCUUCCAUAAAACCCGCAGCAGCAGCUCCAGCAUCGACACCUCAGAGCCUCCCUGCUGCCUCCCUUCCUUCUGUCAAAUUAAAUCUAAACGACAGAUUUACAUCAGGGGAGAGCCCAGCACCAGCUUUCUCCUUUAAUUCCACACUUCCCAAGGCUGCCGUCGCCUCUUCCAGUGCAGCAAGGACCCUUUCAUUCCCAGCCACCAAGCCUCCAGUUGUAUUGACCCCAGUGCGCCCAGUCCAGAUGGGCACACCUCCCACAGCUGUCCAGAAACCAGCUCCUACUACACCAGGGCGUUCCCAACCUCCACAGGCAACAGUUGGCAUGAAGAGCCUGGAGAAGCAGCUGCAGCAGAAGAAAGAAUCUGAUCCCAUUAUGACUGGUAUUUUGGAGGAGAUUGCACACUUCCAGAAGGAGCUAGACGACCUGAAAUCGCGCAGCACGAAAGCCGACUUUAAGGUCGGUACUAACGACGAGAUGAAGGACCUGAGAAAAGAAUCUGAAGACCUUCACAUCUUCACCCUGGAAAUAAAGGAAACCACUGAGUCUCUCCAUGGGGACAUUGGGACGCUGAAAACCACUUUAAUUGAAGGUUUUGCCGGGGCAGAGGAAGCCAAAACGCAGAGCGAGUUGAGCAAAGACAAAAAUUACAGACAGCUGCUGUACAAAAAGUCUCUAGAUCCACGCAGCGAAGAACAGCUCAAGGAGAUUCGCAGACUUUACCAGUAUGUCACUUGUGCUGUGGAAGACGUUAAUGACGUCUUGGACGUGGAAUGGGAAAAACACCUGGAGAAGAAGAAGAAGCAGAAACACAUGGUUGUUCCUGGACGGGAGGGUUUGUUCACUACACUGUCCAACAACAUCUACAUCAUCAACCAGCAAAAGAACCGGCUGAACCAGCUGGUUCAGGAGCUCACAUCAUUGCACCUAUACAGUAAAAACACUGCUCCUUUCAUUAGCCAGAACAUUGCAACUGGAUCUACAGCUGCUGGUUUUGAAAAUGAGCUUGAGAGUUUAAAGGAUGCAUUCCUGAAAGCCAGGCUAGAUGUUACUCCGCCUAAAGUCCAAGCCAAAUCUUCAGCAGUCAAGAUAUCACCAGUUAAACAGUCCCAACUUCGCAAUUUCCUCUCAAAGGGACAGAUGCCUCCUGUACGCUCAACUGCACCAGCCAACUUGUCUCGCUCAGUGUUCCUUUCCCCGAAAUACUACGAGGACCUGGACGAUGCAAGCUCAACGUCCUCCCUGUCCCAGUCCUUGGAGCCUCACUUGGACCAGGAAGAGGAAGAACUACAACCACUACAGCCCCCAGCUGUGAUGGCGUUAUCCACCCCCCGCCAUCCCACAGUUGUAAGGACCCCAUCUAUCCAUCCAGGCUUCGGAGGCAUUCAGUCCACCCCGCUACCAAAGAUUCACUCGGCUCCAUCUUUGGGUUUUGGACUGAGCCCUAUUCCCAGUCCUGUUCCAACCAAUAAAAUCAAUCUCAGUGGGGCUGACAGCACUGCUCUUGCCACAAAGACGGUAAAACAUGGCGCUCCUCCGGCAGAGAGAACUGUCCCUGUCACUAUGUCUGCCCAGCAGGCUGCAGCCAAUGCAGCCAUGCGCAGACAAAUGGCCAAUCAGAAGACGGCUCCUGCUAACAGUUCCUUGACAGAGUCCACCUUAAAGACUGUUCCUCAGGUGGUCAACGUUCAGGAGCUCAUUGAAAAAGGGCUGCCUGUUCAGGUUCCUUCCAUCAUUAGCUCUUCGGUGCCAGAUCUCACAAAUCAGGCUUUUGCCAACCAAGUGAAGCGAACUACCACCCCAGGGAUUCAAAAGAUUUCAAAUGAAAGUACAUACGGUCUACAGCCAGGCUUUGUUUUUGGUCAGUCAUCCAAAACAGAUGUUUCUGGUGUUCCUGCUAGUUCUGUGGAGCCAAGCAUCAGCAAACCAUUUUCCUUCACACCGGGGUCAGCAGGGUUCCCUUUCCCUUCUAUUUCACAAGGAGCUGGAAUGACACAAGCAGUUAAAGAUGUCAGUAAAUUCUCUUUUGGUGGAAAUGGCAAGAUGGUAUUUGGUCAGACGGCGGAAGAGCCGUUCUCUCUAACCCCAAAGUCUGUGGCAUCUGGUAUUGGCACUGGGUCUCCUACGCUGUCUUUAAGCACAUCAGGUGAAGCAGCCAAACACAGCUCCCUCUCCACAGCCUUCAGGAUGGAGCCACAACCACCGAAGACCUCUGGAGGAGAAACUCUCGGCUGUUUUUCUGGACUACGCGUUGGCCCGGGAGAAGAAGUCAAGGAUACUGUAACAAAGCCAGCUGCUGCAUUUACCUUUGGGGAACCUGGACUUGGCAUUGGCAAGGGAGUACAAUCAUUCAGCUUUGUGCCAGGCCUCCAAAAGCCAGCUGAAGAUUCUGGAACUACAGAUUUGUCUAAGGGCGCCUCAUCAAGCAGUUUGUUCAAGCCCCCUGAAACAAACUCCAAGCCAGCUUUCGCUCUUCCCCCGUCUAGCGCCGCACCUUCAGCCAUGCCCACGUCUUUUAGUAGCCUUCUUGCAGGUUCUUCUGAGGAACCAAAAGCUCCCCCACAGCUCUCAGAACCUACACCACCCCCUGAAAAAGAACCAAGCACCACUGAACCUUUUGGGGAAAGCGCCAAUCAGUCUGUGGCUCCAGAGCCUGCAGUGGAUUCCUCAUCCACACCUGCACCUCCUGCUCUGACAACUGCCACUACACAAGACCUUCCUUCUGCCAAUGUUGCACCAGCUGAAGCAACUCCUCCACCAGCAUCAUUUGUGCCUUUCUCAACAGAAGCAACCCCAUACCCCCCGUCCACUUCUUCUGUUUCCACUCCUGCUGCUCCCACCAUGGCGCCGGUCUCCCAGGGAGCCCCACCAGGGUUCCAGGUUCCCAUUUCCGAAAAACCAGGUUCCAUUUUUACACAGCCUGCUCCUGCGCCAGCUGCUGCUCCUGUCCCUGUUCCUGUCCCUGCUCCAGCAACAACAGACAGCAGCUCUAUUGGGGCCACACCAGUUAUCAACACAGCUGCUCCCGCAGCCACAACUAUCACCACUACAACCGUUACCCCUGCACCAAUCACCACUGCCAACACUGUUUUUGGGCAGCCAGCUGCACCUCCAGCUUCCUCGGCCCCCUCGGCAACAGGAUUUGGCUCGACUGGGUUUGGUGCUUCAACUGGGGCGGGUUUUAACAAAUCCAUGUUUGGGCAGAGUGGCUUCGGACAACCUGCUAGCAGCGCUGGAUCAUCUAGCGGCUUUUCUUUUACCCAGUCGGCAUUUGGACCAAGCUCUAGCAGUGCAACAACUGGGGGAACGAAUCUUUUUGGGGCUUCGACUGCUGGCAGUGCACAUUCGUUCUCCUUCGGCAGUGGAAGCACCAACACAGCCAGCAGCACCGGGUCAGGGCUGUUCGGACAAAGCGCAGCCCCUGCGUUUGGUCAGAGCUCUGGGUUUGGGCAGCCAUCAGGCUUUGGCAGUAACACCACCACAUCCUCAUCUUCAGGAUUCAGUUUUGGUCAAACUUCAGGAUUUGGUUGCUCUGGUGAAACACCCAUAUUUGGCCAACCGACUGUAACCGGAAGAGUAUUUGGACAACCGUCGUCAGGGAGCAGUUUGUUUGGUUCAGCUUCAGCCAACGCAGCAGGUUCGUCUUCUGGAGGAUUCUUCAGCGGCCUCGGGGGCAAACCGAGUGAGGAUGCCGCCAACAAGAACCCGUUCGGUGCCACUGCUUCAACUGGAGGGUUUGGGCAGCCCGCUCAGUCUGGUUCCAACAAUCUCUUUGGGAAUAGCGGGGCAAAGGCCUUCGGGUUCGGCCAAUCCCUCUCUGCCUUUGGGGACCAGAAACCUAGUGGGACUUUCAGCACUGGUGCGGGGAGUGUUGCUUCUCAGGGGUUUGGUUCUUUUUCUUCACCAACAAAACCUGGGUGCUUUGGCAGUCCUCCGGUGUUUGGGAGUCCCCCGUCUUUUGGUGGUUCCCCAGCAUUUGGUGGUACGGCAUCAUUUGGCACAAGCCCGUCCUUCACCAAUCCCAUGAUUCCCUCGGCUGGUAAAGUGUUCGGAGAGGGAACGGCUGCUUCAAACAUGGGAGGAUUUGGGUUCUCUUCAGCUCCCAGUGGCCCUUCGUUUGGCGCUCUGGCCAGUCAGACUGCUCCUUCGUUCGGGACCUUGGCCCAGCAGGGCUCUGCAUUUGGAAGUCAGCCCAGCAGCUUCUCGGGCUUUGGACAGCAGCCACAGACUGGAGGAUUCUCAGGAAACACGUUCGGGUCUGCAAGCCAUGUGAGAGUCAGGGCAAGGAGGCGCCAUGUUAGGAAGACGAAGUGGAAGCAGCAGGAUCUUCAGAACAGGCCAAGUUCCCAAACGUUUUCUAGCUGGCGAAGUUAAUGUUCAUGAUAUCUUCAAGAGAAACUGACCGAUUCUCAGUUCUGCCUGCAAUCAAGCUUUUGGAACCGCACAAUGCGGGGGAAAAAGGGAAACUAACAUGUAAAAGGAGCAAAUAAAGUGACGCAAAUGAUUCAUUUCCUCAGACUUAAAAUAAAACGUUAGCUUAUAGAGCA